AUCUACUUUAUUUAAAUCAAAUGUUCUAAUAACAAAUAAUAACACAUUUUAAAAGUAAUUUUUAAUGUAGACGCGGUACUAUUCAGUCCUUAAUGAUGCUUUCCAUUCACCGCCUGGAUUUUGUUCUUAGGGUUUACACAUAGUGUUUUUAACAAUAUGCCUGCCGCGUUAAUGCACACAAUGUUCUUUGUUUUGGGCCAACUGUGCGUUACAGAGACAUGAAAGGAAGCAACACGGAAAUUACAAGGAUUCCUCUGCUGUCUCCCCAUGGCUACAUCGGAUGGACUAGACGGCUGUCUGCAACGAGGCAGAUCUCAAAGUGACCCGAACAUACUCACCGAACCGGGCAUCGAUUUGGCUCACGGCACAGUAGAGGUGUUGGACCAGCAGAGGGUGCUGAGGACAGGUUGCCUGGUGUCGGGGGUCCACACUCCACCCAUUCGCCGCAACAGCAAGCUGGCCACCCUGGGGCGCCUCUUCAAGCCCUGGAAGUGGAGGAAAAAGAAAAAUGAGAAGCUCAAGCAGAGUUCCACAGAUGUAGCAUUAUCCAGCAGUCUUCUGUGCCACGACCCACACUCCCCCACCCAGGGCUGCUGCUCAGAUGGUACACUCCUGCUUGGAGGAUUCGGGGGACCUUUAAGCCCAAACCUCACCGUCAGCAGCGUAGAAUACCUUGGUCCUGAGGAGGAGCACCCCCCUCCAGUAGCUGCCCCUCUCCAGGAUUGUGAACGGGUGGAAGAGAACAUACCACUAACAGAUGAGGAGGGAGACGAGGAGGUGCACCCUGCGGGUGAUUUACCUGAGGGGCUGCAGGAUGUAGGAGAGCAGAUGGAAGAAAGACCAGAGGAGGAGAUUCCUCCAGGAACUUCCCCACCACAAGUACCUCCGAAACUUUUGCCCCAGCUGAGUCCUGGAGAUGAUUCAGGCCCCAUGUCGCUCCCCGCUCACCUGCCCAACUCCUACCUCCCCAAGGAACCUCCACCCAGGGCCACAGAAAGCUUGGCUUCAAUGACCCUGCCACUGAGAGGGCCCCUGGCCAACCCCUCAGGGUCCCCACAUCUAGGCAAUAUGAUGCACCCUCCCAUGCCCCCUAGCUGCAUUAUGGAGGAACUGCAGAGAGCCUUCGCUUCCAAGAACAGGCAGGAGAGUGUCCAUGAAGGGUGUGAGCAGGGCUCACCCCCGCGGCUGUGGUGCUCUGACGGACGGCUCUCUCGCUCUUGCAGCUCUGAGAACCAACACACAUCAUCUCUGGGAGGUGGAUGUGUGGGAGGUGGAGGGUCUGACUGGCCCAAGAAGGAGGCGGAGGAGAACAAGGAGAACGUGCGGCUGGACCAGUGCUUCUCCAACACCUCAGGCCUCCCCACCGACCUGGACGGCUGGAAUGAGUCCGUCAUCUCUGGCACACUUCCUCGCAGGCUAAGGAAGGAGCUGCUGGCAGUUAAACUACGAAACAGGCCCAGCAAGCAGGAGUUGGAGGACCGGAAUAUCUUCCCAGCCAGGAGUGACCAGGAACGCCAAGAAAUUCGCCAGCAGAUUGAAAUGAAACUUGCCAAGAGGCUGAGCCAGAGACCGAAUGUGGAGGAGCUGGAGAGUCGAAACAUCCUAAAACAGAGAAACGACCAGACAGAGCAGGAGGAGAGGAGGGAGAUCAAACAGCGGCUAAAUAGAAAGCUCAACCAGCGGCCCACAGUAGAUGAGCUGCGAGACAGAAAGAUUCUGAUCCGCUUCAGUGACUAUGUCGAGGUGGCCAAAGCUCAGGACUAUGACAGGAGAGCAGACAAGCCCUGGACUCGGCUCUCAGCAGCAGACAAGGCUGCAAUACGAAAAGAGCUGAACGAGUUCAAAAGCACUGAGAUGGAAGUACAUGCCUCAAGCAAACACCUAACAAGGUUCCACCGGCCAUGAAAGCGGGGAGUUUCUUCUGUGAAGAAAUGCUGAGCUUAGAAAUUUUCUGAGGCUGCUAGAAGCUGCUCAACGGUGACAGUUCAAAGAGCCUGAAGCCUUUUCGCCUUCAGUGUGUCUUUAACAUUCUUCCAGCACCCUUGACGAUCAUAUCGAUAUGAGAAUAGGGGUGUGGGAGAGAAGAUGACGGUAAUGUUUGUGGCAGUGUGUCCUGGAGACUACUGGACUUCGCCACGUGGAAGCUGGCUGGUGGAAGAGGACUUUGGUGGAGCCUCUUGACUCUCAGGAUGAGGGUAGAGGAAAAAAAAACAAUCCUGUCAUUCAGUCCGUGUUGUUUUUUUUGUACUAUUUCAUGGACUCCUUUGACAAGGCGGUGUGUGAAUCCAUGUAGUGGGAAGAAGUUGUGCAUGUGACCAGCUUCACCUUUUCUUAACUGAUGAAUAAUGUGUCACUUGGACUGUGUAAAGACUGUGCAGUCUGGGGAAGGUGGGUUUGGGGAUGAAUUUGAUAUUAACUGUACAUACAGUAUGUCAAUCUGAAUGGGACCGUCAAUGUCUUCACUGAAAAGAGAAAUACCUUUGUAAGCACUCUUGUCUUCAAAAUACAAGGCCUUUUUUUAAGAAUGUCUUAUCUGAUUUUUUUUUAAACAAUUUUAUUUUCAAUUAAGAAUCAAGUUGAAGAGGUAAUUAAAAACAAUUGAUAAAGUGAACAUUUUCAAUCUUUAGUUUGCCAUUUUCAGUUCUUCUCUAACCUACAUAAAUAAAUCAGCAAUUUGUAUUAAAAAAAAUCAUAGAGCCAACACAAUUAAAGACAUGGAAAAAGCUCAUUACCUGUACUUACUUUCAAAGAACACUAAAAUCCAUUGAAUUUAUAAAUCUCAUAAAAUAAUUAAUAUUAGAAUAUUAUAACAUUUCUCAUAAAAAUAAACAUGUAACAGCAACACAUCCAGGUCAGAAAAAAAUAAACACAUACAGAUACUAAAGAAAGAUGCUAAAAGCAGAACCUGGAAAUCUCAACUUCAAGGAAACAAUGUUAAUUAAAUGUUAAUGAAAGUACACAGCACAGUGUGCAUGGUGUGAUGUACUACACAACCUUGUUUAGUGUGUAGAGACCUUUAGCAGGACUGUGUUCAACUCAAAACCUGGCUCCAUCAGG